CAUUGUACCUCCCAAAAGCACCUCCAUUAAUGUAUCCCAGGAUGCACUUCUUCAAUGUCAGGCCCUGGCUGACCCCUCAAACAUGACGUACGUGUGGCUGAAAGGAGGAGAAAAUGUCUACCACCUACAGUCGCUGAAGUCGCGUGUGAAAAUCAUGGUGGAUGGAACUCUCCUCAUCUCAAGUCUCACCCCAGAUGAUUCUGGGAACUACACCUGUGCACCCACUAAUGGCCUGCUGACACCACCCACUGCCUCUGCCAUCCUCACAGUCAUGCAUCCUGCCCAGGCGCUUCCAAUGCCUCAGGAAACCUAUCUUCCCACAGGCAUGGACGGCAUGGUUAACUGCCCCUUAAUAGCUCAGCCUCCUCUUCUGCGUGUGGAUUGGACUAAAGAUGGAAAGCCACUUGACUUGUCCUUGUAUCCAGGGUGGACCAUGACAGUCGAAGGCAAUUUGCUGAUGGCCACGGUCAAUGAUGAUGCAGAGGGAGUGUUUACCUGCACCCCAUUCAACAGCUAUGGCAGCAUGGGACAAUCUGGACCAACCCAGGUCAUUCUGCAGGACCCCCCAUCGUUCAGCAUCACUCCAGAUAAGCAGUACAAACAGAAGGUUGGUCGAACCUUGCUCAUCCCGUGUCAAGGCAAUGACGACUCCACAGUUAAAGUCAGUUGGACCAAGGUUGACCUGGCUCGUCACAGAGCUUAUUCCGUCACACACAAUGGUUCGCUGUUGCUGCGGCCCCUCGCAAAGGACCACCACGGCAUGUGGGAAUGCAGUCUUUCUAACCAUGUGGCCCUUGUAAAAGCCUUCACUCAAAUCUUUGUCUUGGGCACCAGCCCCCAUGUAGCGACAUCCCUGUCCGUCUCUCCGGGGAUGAAGCAGGCGAAUGUAUCCUGGGUGGAAGGCUUUGAUGGAGGUUCAGCGCAGACAUUUUCAGUUUGGGUUAAAAAGAUUUCGGCGCGUGAUAAUGAAGGCAAGCAGGAGUGGUUCUCUGUGCCUGUGCCCUCAAUCUCCGGCACCACCUUGCUGGUGACAGGCCUGUCUCCUGCUACUGAGUAUCAGUUCAGCCUCCUCUCUCACAACAAAGUUGGCGCGGGACCUUUUAGCGAAAUUACCACAGCGCGAACCUUAGAUCCUUCACCAAGCAGAAGUCAGCUCCAGCCGCCUUCCUCGCUGUCAGCCAAUUUGGGCCCAACAGGUGUUGUUCUGCACUGGUCCCUCCCACAAGCCCAAGCCUUAGCCGUCACAGGGUUUGUUCUUCAGUCCCGAGUUGCCGAGCAAGGGGCGUGGAUCAAUUUGGAUGAAGAUAUUAGUGCCCACAGCCGCGAGAUACUCAUUCCAGGUCUGCAAAAGGAUUGCGUAUAUGAGCUGAGGCUGCUAACUCGACGCGGUGAGCUGCUGAGCGAGCCCAGUCCAUCACUCAAUGUCUCCACCAUGGGAAUGGAGAUGUACCCUUCGUCAUCCAGACUGCUCGAGUCUCCAGAACCGUUACUGGCCGGCAUUCUAGGUGGAGUGGGAUUUAUGUGUUUGGUGCUGGUCUUGCUUUUGGGGUCCGCCUGCCUCAUCAGUCGCAGGAGGAACCUACGAAACCAAAAGAAGCAGAAUGAACCUCCCCCUGCCAUCUAUAAGCGCUCAUCGUCAAUAAAGAUUUCAGACUCCGGCAGUGCAGACACUGUGUUGAAGAAAACCCUACUUCCAGCCAGUGCUCUCUAUCCCAUCACUUCCUCUACCAUGACAUACUCCUCCUCCCCCUCCUCCGCCUCCUCAAACACAGAUUGUUCCUCUUUCAACAGCGAGACUCGACAUCACAAGCAGCAGCUCCUCUCUAAGAACAGAAGAAGCCCAAAUCAAUUCCAGUGUCUAAAAUCAUGCCCCGUUUCUCCUUCUGUUGAGUUGAUCACCAGAAGUCCAGAUGGGCGCUUUGUAAUACCGCCAUAUGACACGCUGAAUGUUCAAAACAUGAAAAGUACAAAAUAUAACCAUCCUUUUACAGUCCCAAAGUCUGCGCCAUUAUGCUCGGAGCAGCGAGACAGUAAAACUCCACCAUUCGUUCUUUCUGUCGAUCUUGCUCCCUGCAAACAAUCUGAAUCGAAUACGUCAAGGCAAACCUGUGACAUUACCCGGCAUCUGGAUCCAGGUAUCUUCGACCAUAAGGGAAAUUAUGACGGUUCUCCUGACUUGAAGAGUAUGCACUCCAACGGUAGUUUACCCCAUAUCUGUCAUCGCGAAAGAGCAAUCUACCCCACAUUUCCAGUGCUGCCACAUAUACGCUCAGGCCUGGGCCAGCCUUCAACCACAGCCAGCACGCUGGUUCUCCAAAUGGAGCACGAGCGAGAGAGGGGAAACCUGAGUCACUGCCUGAAAUUGGCUCAGGAGAGGGAAGAACUGGCAAGGGAACUCCAGAAAUACAGAGCGUACAGAUGCUCUAAAGAAGAAAUAAUAAGAGAGAAGCCGGUGGCUGAGAAGGGAGAGAAUGGUGGUAAUGAGCUUUUUCAGGGAUACGGGAGCCACACCUUGCCAUGCAGGCACAGACAGAGCGACAGGGAAAGCUUUGGUCUGUCGCCAAGUCCUUGCUCUUCAAUUUCCGUCCACUGCGAUGAUUUUCCCACGAUGAUGAAAGGCAGGGCAUGUUCCGGUCCUUCCACUCCUCCGAAUUCCUUUUUUCUAAAUGCUGCUCUCCAACAUCCUCCUCCAUCCUCAACCGCAGAGAUCCCCCUCAAAUGUGAGGGAGCAGACCAUUCUGCCAAUAAGAGAUUAACACCCCCACAUCUCUCCCAAACAAUGAGACACGGAAGGGUACGGGAAACACCACAGGGCUAUGAUGAUGUACCGCCAUCCACAUUCUCCGAAAUGCAAACAAACGUAUCCUCCUCUGAGACAUUGAGACAACACAAUCCAUCUCUUCAUUGCCGCAUAUAUGGCGAAAGAUCCAAUGUGACUCUUGAUGCAGGGCCAGGCUACAAAGAUGCGGAGGAAGAGAUCCCCGAGCCCACUAAGCAGAAUGUGGGUAUUGAGAUGAGUGUGGACGAGCCAGCGUUUGAAGCGUGCGUCACGGAGCCUACAAAAAAGCCAAUGCCGCACCACGGAUUCACCUCUCAAGUACGAGAGGGAUGCUCUCGCCAAGGCCGGUGUGAAGAAAUGAGGAGGAGCACAAGCUUUCACGACCAAGCAAAAUCUUCAGAGCCGCGGCUGCGUAGAGUUGUGAGCCACGGUUCAAAACCGUGGGACUCCAAGCAGCAAAGGCACAGCAGCAAAAGAAGACAAAACGAUACGGAUUUCCUGACCCCUGAUGCAUGGAUAGACUCUCUAAGCCGAGAAAAACAAUCUGAUUCCUCCGCCUUGAAUCCAGACACUUUGCGCACUGAUCAAUCAAUCCCCCAAAAUUCUGCAAAUGUUCCUUCUGCGAGUCAAACUACGUACCACUUACCUCCUGCCAUGUAUCCUCCUAUGAGCAAGCCACUAAGGCCAAUACAGAAACCAAUUGUUAUUGCUGGCCACAAAUUAAGAGAUGCUACAUGGCCUGAUGAAUAUCAGGAGGGCAUAAAAAAUGCACUGGGCUACUCGGGCUCGACGAUGAGCUUUUCCAGAAACUUGGUUCCCGAUGACAACAAGCCACACAAAAACCGAGGCACACUAGACUUGGAGGCAGAAGUCUAUGAGGAAGUUCCUGAUUGUGGAAGCAGCUACAGUAGUUUUGCAAGCAGUGGCCGAGGGAGCAUGGACCCUCCAAACGGGCGCUUGUCUUUGUGUCAUUUGUCCACAAAGACCACCAGCUCACCUGAAACGGUAGAGGAGGACGGCCAGUCUAGCACAGUGGAUAUGCACGGUCACCAUAUGGAAAAAGGUCACAGAAAGCCCUCCGUUGAUGAGAACUACGAGUGGGAUGAGGCUGAUAUCUGUUCACAGUCAGGAAACCGUGAUGGCCUUCUUCCUUCAUUGAACCGACGGAACGUUGCAGCACUUUGUAGCCCUCCCAGCAUGGAGUUUUCAACUAAGCCCCCGACGAACUUCAAUGGGAGCUCUUCCCUUCAGGGGCAUCAAAGCAGCCGCUGUGCAUUGCCUCAACCUGACACCGUGCUUUUCUGACAAUGUCACCCUGUAUCAUUCAAUUAUUGAUCGCACCAGGCGACAAGAACGUAAGCACCUCAUUCAGCUGCUCUUUCUUUCUUUCAACAUUGUUUUUGUUUUUUGGGACCGAGUUUGUUUUGUGUUUGUCACCUCUGCCAGUCGAGAUAUUUCUAGUCUAUUUAGUGUACUGGCUGAUCCAUCACGUCCUCCGUGUACUUUGACAAAAAGUCUUGUCACGGUGGCAAGAUGCAGGU